CCGCCUGUAGCGCGGCGGGAGGGAGCUGCUUUUAGACUUCCGAUCGGGCGGGCAGCGAUGAGGCUGCUGGCAUGGCACCUGUGCUUCGCGUCCCUCCUGGCACCUAUCUACUCUGAGGACGUGUUUGGCAUUGUGGGAGAAACUUUUACUUUUCCAGUAGAAAUAAAGCAAAGAAUAGAGGACAUUACUUGGAACAAAAACAAAGAUAAGGUGGCUGAACGGGACGGGCAAAACCCACCGACAUACUUUACUCCUCUCAAAGGCAGGAGCGUGCUUAAGGAGAAUGGGAACUUGACUAUAUUUAACUUGGAGAAGAGUGAUGCUGGCACAUAUGAGUUACACUACUGGGAUUCUGGGAAUGGUGGUUUUUUAACAUUCAUUCUGGAGGUCUUAGAUCCCCCUUCAGAACCUAAAAUAAGUCACAGCAUCAAGGGUGAUAUCCUUGUGUUAAACUGUACAUCAGAUUUCCCAUGGCCUGUGACUUACACUUGGAAGAUCAGUAACGAUCGACGCAGUCAUGGGAGCCAGGAAUUUUCCAUCCCUGUAGAGGAUAUUGAUGCUACCAAGAAAGCUACAUGUUUCAUUACGUUCUCACAAACGGAAAAGAGCUCUGAAAUCUCUUUGAUUCAAUGCAUUUCAGAUAAAAAAGGAUAUGGCUCUCACAAAAGACACAGAAUUAUUGUUAUUGUGACUUUUUUCCUCUUUAUACUCUCUCUAGGAGUCCUAGUAUUCCUACUGAAAAGAGGUAGAGCUAAAUUUGAAGGAGGAGGAGUUGCUCAGAAGAGUCCAGUGCAUGGCUCAGGAGAACGUGAACAACUUUUCUCUGUGGAGAACGAAGAACAGCAUAACUCAGACAGAGCUACAUUUUCACAACCUGUUCAUUGUGAGAAUGAAAGGCCUGAAGCAGACAGACAAUUGAACAAGGAGGACAGUGCCCUGAAAGACGAGCAGACAGUUAACAAUGCUGUAAAGAAGGAAGAACUGUCUGCCAUGCAGAACAGCACCCUGACAUCCAAGUGUGCAGUUGAUGAUGCUGUAACUGAGGAAGAACUGACAGAGGUUGCGGAAGGUGGAAAUGAGGAGCACUUGAACAACUCCCACAGCUGCAGUUUAGAAGAUCUUAAAUCAUAAGCAAACAAUCACUUUUUGGAUCAAAGAAAGACAGAAGAGAAGCAAUAAAAUGCAAUUGUGAAGAAGCUGCUACGUUUUCCCUUGAAGCUCUUCCACGAGCAAUGAAGUUAGCAGAGCUUCAUAAAGAACCACUUUGAAGGCUAGUUGAGCAGUUUCCAGUGCCUGUUUUUCUUUUCUCAGAAGGGACAGCAUCCUUUUCUAGUGUUACUGUGUGAAGAUAAAUAGGCUGAAUCAUGGAAAAAAAAACUUUUUAAUUGUUCUGUCUUCAGUUUUUAGUGUUCUACUAACACAGAAUGUAAGAGCUAAGGCCUAACUGCUCAGCUUUAUAUGCAAUUUUUGAUCAGUACUUUUUUACAGUCAGAAGAAAGACAGCUCAUCCUUCAGCAGACCCAGAUGGAUGGAAGUUGCAUUUUCUAGUCUUGGUUAUCCAAGAGGAACUCAGUGCUCCAGACAAAGCUGUCUCUGGGAGUCAGAAGCCUGGCAAACUUAUAAUCUCCUGACAGUGGUUCAUUUUGAGAUUAAACUACAUUGCAGUUUGUUGUUGCACUGGAACAAAGUUGCACUGCCAUUAGCAGUGUUGUUUGGGGUUUUUUUCUAAAGCUUUUUAUAAUGUUUGCACUUUUAGGGUUCUUUUUUUUUAUGUCUUAUCUUUUGCUUCAUGUUAUUCUAGAAGAAUGUCAACCUACUUAUCUCUAAAGAAUAGUAAUAUAUUUUAGAUUGCUUGCUAUUUGAAAGAAAACGUGAAAACUGAGGUCAUGUAUAUAAUGAAACUCAAGAGGAAUCAAAAAGUAAAAAGGCCAGCCAGGUAUUGAUGUUUUCAAAACAUCAGAUAAUGAAGUGCUUUUCACUACUUCUGCAUGCUGGUUGUUUAUGAAAGCUGAAAGCCAUUUCAGUUGAUUUUGAACUUGGUAUGUGUAAAGAAUCACGAAAGUUUGAGAAUGGCAACUGGAGAACCCCUUUUAUCUUUCUUCUUGUUUCACUGCAACCACCGCUCUUGACCAGUCUGUGACCAUCAGUCGCACCAACAGGAUUUUUUCCUCUCCUUUUAUUUUUGGACUCAGGGGGACCAUGUGGGGCUCAGCACAGGGGCCAACGAACAUCAUUCUGUUCGUGCCCCAGAGUGCUGGGUUAUACACCUGGGUUUUUGUGGGUUAAAAACCAGUUGUUCGUCUGUAUAAUUGUAUUUAUUGUAUUAUUUUUAUUAAAUUGUAAUUCUGACUUAUAA